AUGCCACGCCGUCCUCCCUUCAAGGCCCCCUAUCGGCACAAAGGCGCCCAUGACAGCAAUCCUCGCGAGAACACUCGUUCUACAUCCGCCUCUACCACCACCUCACGGCGCUCUUCAGUGCGGGCGGAUCCAACUGCGCGGUCUGGGACCAGCAGACCCCAGGUCCAGAUUCGUAGAGGGCCGUUCCUGGAUGAUACGUCCCUUGACCUGCCUUCUGAAGCGAGUCAUCGCGUCGAUGAAAACGAUGGCUUGCUGAAUGAAAUCGUCAUGGCUGUCGACUUGAAUACUCGUGGAACAGUGGGUUGUUGCUACUAUAUUGCUUCUGAAGAAAGGCUUUAUUUCAUGGAGGAUGUACAGUUUGGCCAUGUUGAUGUUGUCGACUCUUUGAGGAUAUACAUCGACCCUACAGUCAUCCUGGUCUCCACCAAGAUCGACGACAAAGUCAUUGACUGUUUUGACCCUGACGCCAAGAGCGGCGACAAUGACCAAUUUCGCCUUCCAUUUCUGCUCGAAAUCAGACCACCGAGCGAAUUCAACUAUGAUUGUGCAAAGAACAAGCUUGCAAACCUUCGUUUGGGAGAAGAUGAUGAUACCCACAUCGAAUUCAACAUUCCAGGAGAGCUUGCCACUGUAGGCCAUCCGGGAAAAGGCCAAUCAGCAGGUCAGCAGGGGCAGCUUCUCCGACUCGCAGGGUGGAUUGAUCUUGAGAGCCGCUCAACGGUCGGAUGCGCUGGAGCACUGAUAUCGUAUCUGCAACGUCGACGAGCAGCAGCGUACCUCCCCGGUGAUCGUUCCGCAGAUCUCAUGUUCCGCAUCUCGAAACUGGAAAUGUGCAGUCUUCGCGAGACCAUGUUCAUCAACACCGAUACUCUUCAUUCUUUACAGAUCAUGGGGGCUGAAUCACAUCCGAACUCGCAUAAUAAGGGUCCGACCAAGGCCACCUCGGGCGACAAAGAAGGUCUAUCUAUAUAUGGCCUGUAUCAUCAUUUAGCACGAACACAGCAAGGAAGGUUUCUCUUAAGACAGCAAUUCCUACGCCCAAGCCUAAACCUGGAUGUCAUCAAUGAAAGGCUGGAUACCGUCAGUAUCUUCACUCGUCCUGACAACGACUCAGCACUACAAGCACUUGUUAAAAACCUGAAAAACCUGGGAAACAUGCGCGUCACGAUGGUCAAUCUUAGAAAAGGAGCAAGCAGCUCGACAAGAGGGACUGGAGGAUUUGCCAAGAGCAUAUGGAUGUCUAUCCGAGCCUUUGCUUUUCAUGCUCUGAAGAUCAAAGACACACUUCAGGAUGUUAUCGGCGGAGAAAACCUGGUCAUCAGAAAUAAGGUCUUCGAAAAGCUCGAAGGUUACCACCUGGCUCAGAUUGGGCGAAAGAUCAGUGAAACCAUUGACUUAGCUGGCUCAGCAGAAGAGGGUCGCACUGUCAUCAUGCCUGGCAUCGACGAAGAGUUAGACCAGAUGAAGUUGACUCUAGAUAGUCUUGAUGACCUCCUCAAUCAGGUAGCGAGAAAAUUAUCCGAGAAGAUGCCUUCUGGUCUGCGUGCUACUCUGAAUGUAAUCUACUUCCCUCAGAUAGGCUUUCUCUGCACAACGCCGAUUGAUCCAGAUACAGGCGGUGCAGUUUACGAUGGCAGUCUCGACCAUCCUUGGGAGAGGAUGUUUGCAACGGAAGAUCAGAUUUACUUCAAAAACAGCGAAACGAGAGAAAUGGAUGAGCACUUCGGCGACGUUUAUGGCAUCAUUGCAGAUAGAGAGAUUGAAAUCAGCCAUGAACUCGCCCAAUAUCUGCUCCAGUACGAAGAACUCUUGACUAGCUGUUCUGAUAUCUGCGGAGAGCUUGAUAGUUUACUGGCCUUGGCUCAGGCUGCAAAGAUCUAUAAGCUUUGCCGUCCCGAGAUUACGUACGAAAACACUAUACGCAUCAAGGGAGGACGUCAUAUGCUCCAGGAGCUUUUGGUGUCUUCUUUCGUCGCAAAUGAUACUGCAAUGAAAGGAGGCGACGGAGAGGUCGCAAGUGAGCAACAUGACGACCGUCUGUUUACCAGUCCAACAAUCCGUCAAGCGCAUGCAUAUGAAAACAAUCCGAGUAUGCUCAUAUUAACUGGUCCUAAUUACUCAGGAAAGAGUGUAUAUCUCAAGCAAGUUGCUUUGAUUGUCUACAUGGCGCACGUUGGGGGAUUUGUACCGGCAGACACUGCAAGGAUCGGGCUGACGGACAAGAUCCUCUCCCGAGUUACUACGCGCGAGACGGUGUCCCAUUACCAAAGCUCUUUUAUGCUUGAAUUGCAGCAAAUCUCGCUUGCUCUAAGCCUAGCCACGCGCCGAAGCCUCCUACUCAUAGAUGAAUUUGGUAAGGGCACUGCAUCAAGCGACGGAGCCGGCUUAGCUUGCGCAGUUAUGGAAUACUUGUUGAAUUUGGGCAGCGAAAGGCCAAAAGUUAUCGGAGCCACCCACUUCCAUGAAAUCUUUGAGAUGGACCUACUAAAACCUCGACCUACACUUGGAUUUGGAUACAUGGAAGUACGCGUUGAUACUGAAGCGAAGAAAAUCAACAGCCAAAUCACCUACCUGUACAACUUCCGAGAAGGUCGAAGCACCUCGAGUUUCGGCACGUGCUGUGCUGCCAUGAAUGGCGUUCCAUCUGAGAUUGUACAGCGUGCCGAAAACCUUAUACUUCUUGCAGCACGGGGGGAAGAUCUUAUUUCAGCAUGCUGUCAAGUACCAGAGGACGAGAUAGUCGAGCUAGAGGAGGCAGUAAGUGUGGUCUUGAAUUGA